AUGUUCUCUCUUAAUUAAAUUAGAACUCCAAAGUUUUUAUUAUGCUUGAGAAAAUAUAGAGUGAAGAAUUAAAUUUUAGUGAUUUAACUUUUAAUAUUUACUGUGAUAAUAACCUUUUUAACAAUAGCUCAGGUAAUUAAUAGAGUAAUAAUUGAAUCUGUAAUAGAGAAGGUUUCAUUAUAAAUGAUAUAAAAUAUUAACCAGAAGGCUCUUUAUAAACAAUCAACUUAUUUGGAAUACUAAACCUUCUUAACUUUUAAUUUUGGCUUCAGUCUGCUUAAUAAAAUUAAUAAUGAAAAUUUGUAUUUGCUUUAGUAAUAAAAUAAAUUGUUGGGGAAUAUGCCAUUUAGUUGUGUUGAUUACAACGAAAGAGAAUAGCAGCCUUUCUAAUAUUAUUUACCAUAGUUUUGUUAUUAUUAUGCAAAUCAAAUUGAUUUUGCAUAAAUUCCAAAAACCGAAAUUGAUUAACAUUUGAUAAUUUUGAUUUAAAUGUUAAAUGAAUAAUUGUUGUUAAUUGGUUAUAAAGAACUUGAGCCAACAAUAUAUUUAACAUAAAAAGGAGAGGGAUAGUUUUUUGCAAUAAUUCCAUAGAAAAUGAGAUAUCCAAUGUAUCGACCUAAAUAAAGAUAAUGGUAUAAAGAUCAUAUUGGUACUCUAAAUAGUAAUAAUCAAUCGGAAGUAGUAUCUGAAAUAUACAGGAAUUAUGAAACAUAAGAAUUUGAAUUUACACUUACAGUUUCAUUAACAAAUUCUUAAUUAGAAUUUGAGGGAGUUAUAGCUUUGGAUAGCAAUUUUUAAGUAAUUAAGCCUAAGAUUAAUUAUGAUUAAUUGAAUAUUUAUUUAGUUGAUUUGGCUGGAAGGAUAUUAAUUUCAAAUGUUUAUCCAGAUGUAAAUUUUGUAUAAGAAAUGAAAUUUUUUAAUGAUACCUCAAUUACAGGAUUUGAUAAUUAAGAUUGGAAAGAAGUUUUGAAAUAAAUACUUUAUUAGAAUGGAGAAUCUAAUUGUUAAUUUGUAUACAAAAACUUUUGUAGAUAUAACAAAUUAUUUGGAUAAGAUUUGUUUAUAAGAGGAUUUGGUAUCCAUAACAGAUUCUAUUAAAUUGUGUAAGCAUUUUCAAAUAUAUCUAAGAUUUGUAGAUUACAAAUUCAUGGAAUAGAAUGACAAUGAUACUGAAGAAUUGAAAUCUGAAUUGCUUAGUGAGGCAACUAAUUAAUUGAUAUACUAUAUCAUUUAUAACAUUUCAUUUAUCUUGCUUUGUUGGAUAAUAAUGCAUUUCUCUUUAAAACCAUAUUAAGAGUUAACUAAAUUAUUUUAAUAGACAACUUAAACUAAAUUUGAUUAGAAAUAUGAAAUUGCUUUAAAGAAGGUUAAAAUAUUUAAAUAGAACAAUCUUAUUUAAGUUGGAUUAGAUAAUCUUUGUAAUAAAUUAUCAGAAAUCAGAUCUAGGAAAUCUAGAGAAUGUCAUUAUAUGGAAAACUAUAAAUAUCCUAAAAAUCUUUCGAAAAAUGCAUACAAAUUUAGACAUUAUAUUAAACAAUUUCCAAAAGUAUUAUUUUGAUCUUUAUUUAGAAAUCAUAAAUUAUAUAUUUAUAAGAAUCAAUAAAUACAAUUUACCAAGAGAUAUUAGAGAUUCUAGCAUUUAAUAAUGAUGAAUUCUACUAUAAAUUGAUAUGA